GUACGUCGAACACACAGACGCGUCUAUGAUUGAAGAGGUUCAAGUAAAACUGUCCUUUCGUUCCGCUGAGAAAACCGAGAAAACCGACCCAGUUCGGUGGGAUUCCCGGUCCACUUGGAUCCGCCUCAUCAGUUUUUAAAGGCUGCCAAAAAGCAAAAUGUCUCCAAUCAAACCCAAGCUUGAUCAGGAGACCAUCUCCUGUUCCAUCUGUUUGGAUCUCCUGAAGGAUCCGGUGACCAUUCCCUGUGGACACAGCUACUGUCUGGGCUGUAUCAAAACCCACUGGGAUAGAGUGGGUAAGAAGAGAGUCUGCAGCUGCCCUCAGUGCAGGAAGGACUUCAAGCUGAGGCCUGACCUGGUGAAAAACAUCAUGUUAGCAGAGCUGGUGGAGGAGCUGAAGAAGAUUGACCUCCAAGCUGCUCCAGAUUAUCAAUGCUAUGCUGGACCUGAAGACGUGUCCUGUGACGUCUGCUCUGACAGGAAACUGAAAGCUGCCAAGUCCUGUCUGGACUGUUUAGUUUCUUUCUGUGAGAAACAUCUCCAGCCUCACCAUGAAGCUCCACCAUUACAGAAACACCAGCUGGUGGAGCCCUCCAAGAAGCUCCAGGAGAACAUCUGCUCUUCUCAUGAUGAGGUGAUGAAGAUCUUCUGUCGUACUGAUCAGCAGUGCAUCUGUUAUCUCUGCGCGAUGGACGGACACAAAGGUCACGAAACGGUGCACGUUUCAGCAGGAAGAGCUGAGAAGCAGAAGGAGCUCGAGGCGAGUCGACAACAAAUCCAGCAGAGAAUCCAGGACCAAGAGAAAGAUG